AUGAAGAAGUAAAUUUAUAGAGAAAUUCUUAUGUAGUAAUUUAAUAAUAUGAUGGAUAGUAAAUUUUACAUUGAAGAUGUCUUUGUUGAAACAUAAAAUGAAAAACUUGAAAUUCCAAAUGCAGAUAAAAAUAAAAUCAUGCAUACACUUGAAGAAAAUUUAAAAUAGAAGAAUGAUUUUUUAAAUUCAGAAGAUUAUAAUAAUUUCUAACAACUACUUGUGAUUUCAUUAAUUACAAUCAACUUCUCUAAUGAUGAUCCCUUUUUUAGACAUAUCACAAUGGUGGUUAAGGCCAUUAGAAAGGCCAUCAAAAAAAGACUCACUCAAGAGAUUAUUGACUUACAAACCAAGCAGGAAUUUAAAAUUUAAUAGUCUUCUCUCUUCAGAAUCUAUUAUCAAGAUAUUAACAUAGGAUUUAUAACAUCUACUUAACAAAUUAAGUCCACAGCAUUCAUUUUCGUCAAUAAAAAUAUUUUUAAUGAAUUCGUGAACAAGAGAAUGUCAAUUGAACAAAAGGACUAGUAAGUGAGAUUGACGCUCUACUUUUUCGAUAUCAAUAUUUAGAAAGAAUAAUAAAUUCAGCAGGAUUUUAAAAAUCAGUUCUUGCGGAAUAAUAAGUUCAAAAAUGAGUUUAUUGUAUUGAAUGAGGAAAUUGAUCAAUAGAAAUAAACUACAACAUAUCAUGUCUAUAAGCCUAUGGAUGAUUAAAUUUAUUUUGUUAAAAGAAUUUAAUUGUUUAAUAUACCUUUGGAUGUUACAUUUCAAGAUAUAUUUAACACAAAAAGUUCAAUCUAAGAUUUCUUCAAAAUUUAAGAAGCACGUACACUUUAACGUAUUUCGCAUCCAAACAUUAUCAGACUCUAUGAAUGGUGGUUGGAAAUAAGAAAUUACUAAUUGUUUCUGUACACUCAGAUAGAAUAUUGUAUUUAUCCAGGAUAUAUCUCGUAAUCUAAAAAUCUAUUGAGUUACUCAUAUUUUUAUAUGAACCCCAUGCCUUAGGAAUAAAAGAGCAAACUCAUAAAUGAGAUUCUCUGUUAGAUUAUAAGUGGACUGGAGUGCUUGCAAAAAAAGCAAAUCGUCCAUGGGGAUUUGAAACCUGAAAGUAUCAUGGUUACUAAAAGUAUCACCGGAGACAUAUAGGUUAUGUUAGCAGAUUUGAAUCAUUCAUAUUCGUGUUAUUAGGAUUUGCAAAAGCUUCAAACCAAGGAUUAUAUGGAAUACAAAUAACAAUGUUUGUAUGCCCUUGGUGUAUUACUGAUGCAUCUGAUCCUCACUUUCCCUGGAGAACCAACACUCAGAAAUAACUAUGUUACAAAAUUUCAGAAUUAUGAUAUUGAUGAUUCUCUCAGUGAAUUUGAUAAAUGGGCUUAAAAGUCAGUCAAGAAUAAGCAUAAGGAGUUUUCAUUCUUUUUAUAUAAACGUUAUAUGGAAUUAGCAAAAUCUUUAUUAAAGAAAUAAUAAUUUCAUGAAUUACAUGAAGUAAGAACUUUUAUUUAAAAUAAUAAAUAAUUUGAUCAUCUAUUAGUUUGA